GCGACGCUCUUACGACCGUAUAUAAAUCUGUUUGUGGUGAGGCGCGCUCAGUACAAGUUGCCACCUGACGAGGGAUAGAAACCGUCCUGAGGAGCUUGAGCAGACAUGGCAGACAAAACGGCUUUGGUGCUGCUGGCAGAAGGAGCCGAGGAGAUGGAGCUGGUCAUCUCAAUUGACGUCAUGCGACGUGCAGGGAUCCGCGUGAUGGUGGCUGGCGUGGCCGGCGCCUCCCCCGUGCGCUGCCGGCGAGACACGCUGGUCGUGCCAGACGUCAGCCUAGUGGAGGCCAUGACCCACGGCACCUACGACGCCGUCGUGCUGCCCGGCGGCAUCCCGGGCGCCAAGAACCUGGCCGCGUCAUCUGAGGUUGGAUCGCUGUUAAGAGAGCAAGAGAGAGCUGGUCGUUUCGUAUGCGCUAUUUGUGCAGCGCCUACAGUUCUCAAGGCACACGGUGUUGGCUACGGCAAGAAUAUCACAUCUUUUCCGCCUCUUAAGGACGCCAUGGUGGAGGGCGACAAGUACAACUACAAGGAAGACAAAGUAGUCGUGGACGGAAAGCUCAUUACGAGCCGUGGACCGGGCACGGCGUUCGACUUCGCUCUGCGGAUCGUGGAGGAGAUGGUGGACAAGGAGGCAGCGCUCACCGUGGCAAAGGCGAUGCUGCUGGCGUGAGGGGGCCACGCCUCCUACGUACUCAGCGCUCACGCCAAAAUACGAGAACACACACUUUGUCCACCCUCACGUUUGCAAAUACAGUGAUAUUUCAUCUCUCCAUAUGCGUAAAUGGUCCUCGUAGUUUCGGCGUGGUAGGCAACUUAAUGGUAAUAUAACUUGUAGAUAACGUUGAGAAUGAGCUACCAAAUUGAAGAACUGGCUGUAAAUAAUGAUUAAGGACAAGCUGGAAUUUCAAGCGCAUCAAUUGUGAUUUAUUUAUUCCGGUAUGUCAUUUUUUCAAAUGUUUCCAAUACAACGCUACAUUUUUUAAAUUGCAAAACCUAUUCAAAAUAUUAUUCUUAAAAAGUUUCCAGUGAGCACUCGUUUACUUGCAAACGUGAGUAAUCAUUUACUUACGAUUGUUUACUUACUGUGCGAGUUAGCAAAACGUUACUGUGAAACCUCUCAAAAAUAUAAAUUCAAAAUGCUAAAACAGUUUCAGUUUAUGAUACUAAGAUUUUGCAUUACAAGUUUUUGCAAUAACAAAGUAUAACAAACUCAAAAAUUACUUGUUUGAUUCAGCAAAAUACAAAAUUAUUUUUAUUGUCGCCUUACUAGAGCACGUAAAUGAUGAGAGGGGUGACCUCUAACAUUUCUGUCAUCGCACUCUCACGUAAAUUCACGUAGACCGUGGUAAGGGAUGUAGCUUAACAUUGUUUAAGUAAUUAUUCUUAUCUGCUCAUUAGCAACAACUAUUGAGGCCCAUUUGCAUUCCUGAAAAUAUUCGGAAUCUUUAUCUGAGUCGUAGUUAUCCACAUCAUCUCCGAUUUGUACAGCUCAUCACCGAAAAACAAUUUCUUGGCACGAACACAACACGUAAUACUACUACUGGCGGUUAUGUUUUUGCACUUACCACUGUUUACAUGCAAAGAUUCUGCAAACUUGCCGUCAGUGACAAGCUGGAAUUAGAGAUGAAACUUUCAUUUCUUGGUUCAUCGUGAAACUAUCAACUAAUAUGAAUAAAGCACAUCACCUACCAUGUUUUACAUGCAGUAACUCUUGAUUCUCAUUGACUGUCACUUACCACUGUUUAGAGUCGAGGUCAUCAAAUAACUCUUUUCAAGUAAGUCUUUAUAGUGCUUUGAAAAAUAUCUGUUUUGGAAUCCGUAAAUAUCUUCGCUGCAUUUGUUAUACAUCAAAAUCACACACACAC